AUGUCUUCAGACGAUGAUCCAAUCUCCCCUCAACAUAAACCCUCUUCAUCUACUUUCGCAGAUGUUUUCAAGACGUUAGGUGUUGUUCGCCCAAAAAUACACUCACCUCUUUCGCUUCGAGAUAACAGUAGCGACUCUUUAUUCACUGAAACACGAGGACACAACCGGUUUACACUAAACCUUGACUUGAUGCAUCGCGGUAGCGUUGUUUCAGGUUCCUCGGCGGACGCUCCGAGUAGCCCUGAUUAUGACACGUCUCUCCACAAUUUGACGCAAGGGCAGAACCUUAAUCAUGCCAUCGAUGAGGCAGAGCUUGUGUCAAAAAGGCUUUCAUGGUUCUCGCCGGAACAGUCGGUGACCUUGUGGGAAACGGCAGAGUACUUGUUACACCACGAAACAUCCGUCGAGGCCCAGACAAGCGGCGCUAGACUCUUAGAAGCCAUUGCAGCGCGUCAGGACCUAUCUCCCCCAGCCAGACGUUUGAUCUUUGAGUCAAUAGUCUCCCCUACUGAACCCGAGGUAAUUCCUUCUCGAGUUCAGGCAUUGAUUGCCUUGUCCGACCAUGGUAGAAAGUCGGAUUUCACUAAUUCUUCUAUUCUUCCCGUUGCAUCGGCGUGGAUUGUGCCCCUCUAUGGAGUCAUUGCUGUGGCGCGAUCAAAGACAAAAAAAGGGAGGGUUGCUAGGCCAAACAGCCUUGACCAUGACGAAGCGGUACUGGGAGAUCUAUUCCAAUUUGCUGUUGAUCUAGUGACUCUUCAACGCAACCCACCAAGCGCAGAUGAUAUCGAAUUGCUUCUUACAGAGACCUUCACCAUCUGCAGGAAAACCAGCGUUGCUAAUGAUAUUAAAAACUCACUUGGUGUUUUCGAUGCUGUCAUUCUCUAUGCCGAUGUUCCCGAUGCGAGCUUCUUUUCUCUCUUGGAAGUGCUUUGCAGUAUCCACGCAUCUGUCAAGUCGCUCUCUGGGCCCACAUCUCGUGCCGUCCGUAGCCUUGUAAAGUCACGAAGACAGGCAGAGAUGAUGGAUACUCUUUUUGCCAUGAUGAAUGGUACUUAUGCAGAGGACUCGCCACGGAAUUUGAACGUGCUUCGAGGUACAAUCUUCGUGUUCACUGAUCUCAUUCGCGCGCACGGUCAUGAUGGGAUGCCUCAAAUUGAUUUUGAGCAGCUGGUUGAUUCACUGAUGAUUUUAGAUCAGAAAAACGACGCGAGAGUUGACGCUGAUAUCCUAGAUUUGUGUUUGAACAUACUAGAGGGAGAUUUUCUCCAAUUUGCCUUAGAACGCGACUGGUCAGGCUUCGUCAACCUUCUGAUUCAAUGCUCUCGCAGUGUCUUCAGCGAGAUUGAAGAACCAGUUGUCUCGCCUAUCAGCCCUCAGCACCAAACUCAACUUAAAAGCACUCACGAUGACACAAAGUCAAACAUUCUGGCCAACAUUAUUCGGAUCGCAUCUGUUAUGGAGUCUACCUGGGAACAGCUUAACAGAGAACAAAGGCAACAGGCAGUUCGGUUCUUGACGAUAAGCUACCAACAUAUUCAACCUUCCCAGGCGGAACUGAUUAUCAACAUGAUGAGAGAUGACCGGCUGUGUCACCCUUCUGAUGAUCUAAGCUGGGUUCGCCAUUCCCGAGAGUUGACUGAACGUUUCAUCCAGCCUCGAAAGCAAAUGUCUGACAUCCGCCUUCUAGCUCUGGAUACGUUGAGGGAGGCCUUUUCUGGAAAUGAGCAUUUGUUCUUUGCUCAGGAGCACGGUCUCUUGGAAUUAUUGAUACAAGAUCUCUCAGCAGAGGAAGAUCAACUUUUCUUGGAAUCUCUAGUUUCUCUCAUCACUGAACCGGCCAUGUCUAUCAGCGACAACGACAUCUUCCAGCGAUUAGUCGACACUAUCAGUGCACCUAUGGAGCAUGAUCUUAUUAAAGACGAACCUCGUGAGGUUCCUCUACCUCAAGCAUCUCCGCGUCGCACUUCUUCUGCCAGUGUUCUGGAGCUAAGUCUGGCAAAUGUGUGUGCUGUCAGUCUUGUGAAAAUGAUGCUUCGCGCUUUGAAUCAAUCUGCGGUCAAGUCGGUCAUCAUCUUCAAGGCACUUUUACAGAUUGUACAGUCUCCUGAUCGGCCAACUGACGCUCGAUUGACCGUUUUGAAACUACUUUUCCGACUCAGAUGCGAUUCAGCGGGAUCUAUCACAGUUGUGUCCACAUCAGAAGUUGAUUUCUUGAUGAAUGUCCUAGGCCGAAAUCUCGACGCUGGUGCUCAACCUCGUGUACCCAGUGAUAGCCCCCCGAAAGAUACCCAAAUUGAAAAUAUACCCCCAGGUGUUCUAUCAAAAUCAGCUCCUGGACGAGGGCUUAUCAAUUCUCGCGCUUCAACGUUGACGCCUCCAGUUUGGACAGUUCAGCCACAAGUUCUCCCGGAACAACCGCCAGGGGAGUCAAGUCAGCUUGUCUUUGCCUUCACACAGCCAGGGGUACAGAGCCCGAUACAGAGUCCGGUAGAUAGCCCGGAUGAAACCCCGGCGAAUGUUGGUAUUUUGAACGUGAACAUGUGGCUUGAAAUCGUGAUCGCCUUACUUCAACGGGAAACAGACUGGGACGUCUACAGUUACGUCCUAACACAUCUUGGACCUCAGCUCAGCAACAAGGAUCUUUUCAACAGCUCCAUUCCCCAGGUCAAACUACUUCGUAGUAUUUUGUGUGACCAAGUCAAGAAUGAGACAUUUCAUGAACCUCCUGGGUUGACGGGACUGAAGAAGAGUGAUGUAGCUGCUUGUAUCUUCGAUGCGCUGAGCAUGUUAGUCAGCUACCACGAACAUUUUGCAAAAAGUGAAGAGGACGAUCUCGUUCGAGCCUUCAUGUUGGGAAUUAUUGGAUCCUGGGGUCUCACAUCUCGAGGGUGUAUCCAGGCACUUUCGCUUUGCUGCUACGAAAUUCCUCUGUCGGUGACAAAAUCUUUGAACAGCAUACUUGAUAGGAUGUCCAAGGUUAUUACCAUGUCAAACCUUGCCGUCCAUAUAUUGGAGUUUCUGACGCUACUUGCGCGCCUUCCUGAUGUGUAUGUGAACCUGCGCGAAGAGGAGAUCCGCACGGUUUUCGGUAUUUGUAUCCGAUUCUUGCAAACUUCCAGAGAGCACCGCUACAGAUCUUCUGAAUCAGGUCUCCGUGCUUCUCAAAAAUCCCCAGCAAGAGCUAACGGAGGUCUUGCUGAGGAAACAGAAACCUCUGGCCCUGAUGCAAUGUCUAGUUAUGUCAUGACUUUGACAUACAAUGUAAUGGUGUUUUGGUUUAUAUCAUUAAAGCUGCAAGAUCGCUCGAAGCAUGUCAACUGGAUCACCAGCCGUCUGAUCUUCCCCGACGAUCAUGGAAAGGAAGUUGUUGAGGAACAAAGCCAAGUUCUCAUUGACCUGAUGCAGCGAGUUGCAUUCUCGGAUCUAGGAGAGACUAUUCCUUUCGAAAAUUUCCCUCCAACCCCUGAGGAUGGACCUGUCUCCAAAAAGUCUUGGGUUGUAGGUAUGAGCAUCGUGACUGUCGAGACCGCUGGGGUAUCUGGAAUAACUCAGAUCUCGAAGCGACAAGCCUCGGGAACUACUUACUCCGUUUAUCAGCAGCGAACGGCUCCUGUUCUACCUCACCAAGUGCCACCAACACCGGAUGCACACCUACACUCUGAUAGCAUGCGUACAGCCGUACUCCCCAGUCACAUAAUGCUCCAAAUGACCGCCACUGCCUUCCCUACCCCCACCAUGAUGCAGCCUAUCCCAGUUCCUGAAGAUGACAUCACAAGACGAGCUAUCGGCAGUUUCGAUCGGACUGAUAUUGUCGAUGGGCACAGGAUUGGCGUGGUCUAUCUCGACCAAGACCAAAGCAAAGAGGCUGAAAUUCUCUCAAACACUCACGGAUCUCCAGAUUAUGAAUACUUCUUGUCUGGGCUAGGAACUAAGGUGUCAAUUCGGAAUCCUCAGUUCAAUACCCAAGGCCUUUAUGCCGACACGGAUGGUGAAACCACUUACGCCUGGCGCGAUCGAGUGACGGAAAUAGUGUAUCAUGUUGCGACAAUGAUGCCCACUAACUUUGAUCAUGACCCUUCAUGUAUCAACAAGAAGCGAAAUAUUGGCAACAACUUUGUCACCAUCGUCUUCAACCGAUCGAACUUGCCGUUCAACUUUGAAACAAUUCCGUCGGAGUUCAACUUCAUCAAUAUCGUCAUUACACCCACUAGCCGUAUCGCCUACGACGAGUCUGGUGUUGCCAAAGGAGAGACCAACCCGGAGAAGCUUUACUAUAGCGUGCAAGUGAUGAGCAAGCCAGGCUUCCCCGAUGUUUCACCUGCGGCCACUCCGAAGAUUAUUUCUGGUAAAAAUCUGGCAGCUUUUGUCCGGAUUCUUGCCCUCAAUGCAUCCGUCUUCUCUCUCGUUUGGAACAACAAAGGUGGAGAACAUGUUUCGUCUUGGCGCUCUCGUCUACGUGAGAUUAAGAAAGUCCGUGAGCGUGCAUUGGUGGCUCAGAGACAAGCCGCAGAGGCUGCUGAGGGUGCUUAUCCAGGCCAGCGUCGCACCACUAAGGCCAACAUCUUCUCCGAGGAAUCACCUACCCGCGCAGCUCCAGCUCGGACAGACUUUGCCUCGGAGUGGGAUGCAGCAUCAGACAAAGAUAUUCUCCAGAACCUGGACUUCUCUCGAUGGAGUCGAUAG